AAAAAUAUGUGUAAGCAGCAUAUGGGGAGGGGGUUCGUUGAGGAGUGGUCACACCGUCUGUGCACAGACGCGCUCCUGCAGUGGGAUUGUCGUCUCGCGCUCCGACAGAUGUACAGUCUUCCGGACGCAUUAAGACAAAAUGGGGGCGGCACGGCCAUUUCUUUCUGCUUUAAUCAUCAUAUCAUGUUUCCUUGUAAGCACUGCACAACAAACAGGAUGUCUGGCUGAAAGGCCGCCGUAUGACAUUGUAUUCCUUGUGGAUAGUUCUAGCAGCAUCGGUACUCGAGACUUCCGGGAGGUUAAGACGUUCAUGCGCACUUUUGUGGAUGGUUUGGAUAUUGACACGAAAAAGGUACAAGUUGGUCUUGCACAGUUCAGCACCGAUCCCCACAAAGAGUUUCUGAUAGGGGACUAUACAAACAAAGCAGAUCUGUUUAAGAAAAUCGAAAACCUUCCAUACCGAACAGGAGGCACGUACAUGGGAAAAGCCAUGAAUUUCCUUAAGGACAACUAUUUCACGACUGCGGGUGGAAGCCGUAUCGAUGAAAAAGUGCCUCAGGUUGUUGUGGUGGUCACAGAUGGAGACUCAGCCGAUGAUAUAAAGGGACCUGCCAGAGAGCUGCGACAAAAGGGUAUUAUCAUCUUUGCCAUUGGUGUCGGUCCAACCAAUAUGACAGAGUUAAAGGCCAUCGCCAACAGCCCACCUGAACGUUUUGUGGUUAAUAUUGACAAUUACCAAGCGCUGCAAGGACUGACGACCACCAUGAAGGAGACAGUGUGUAUCUUGAUGAGGGAUCAGGGGAAAGCCAUUGCCCCAAAGUUUGUUGAUGUAUUUAUACUGGUGGAUAGUUCAGCCCAUGGGGGAACACAACAAAUAAGGGAACUUCUCAACCAACUGGCUGUGCAACUCAAUGUGGGCGAUGGAUCUCAUAAGAUUGCCCUGGCUCAAUUUGGCGAGAACGUUGUCGAAGAGUUCCUUUUCAAAGACUACAAAAUAACAGCAGAAGCCACAGAAUUCAUAGAUCGGUUCGAGCCCAGGCCCGAUGGAGAGCGAAAAUUAGGAAAGGCCAUGGAUUAUGUUCGUACAAACUUUCUCAACACGGCAUCUGGCAGCAGAAUUGCUAAGGGCUACAAGCAGUAUCUGCUGGUGCUGAGAGCAGGGAACUCUUACGACUCCACUCUGAGGGCCAUGCGAACAAUGAAGAAUGAGGAUGUGACCGUUAUUGAUAUCAGAUUGGAAGAAAAUUUACGCUACCUGCUUCCUACGAUACGCAGUUUCCAAUUUCAAGAGAAUAUCAUUGAUGAUGUUGUUGUAGACAUCACAAAAAGAAUUCAGGAAAAAGAAAUUUUCAAUGUUACAGGAGAUUGCAAAUCAGCCCAAGUGGCGGAUAUUGUUUUUAUCGUGGACGAAUCGGGUAGUAUCACCAGAACCAACUUUGAUCUCAUGAAACGUUUCCUCCACCGCACAGUUAGUGGCCUCGAGGUGAAAUCUGACAGUGUGAGGGUGGGAAUGGUUCUUUACAAUGAAAGACCCAGUGCUGAAUUCUACCUGGACACUUUCGUUAAUAAGAGUGAUAUUCUGAACUACAUUAAAAUCAUACCAUACAGAGGCGGAGGAACCUCAACUGGAGAGGCCAUCAAGUUUGCCAAGAACUAUCUCUUCACCAAGACAAGGGGCAGCAGGAAAGAUCUCGGUGUUAAGCAGAUUGCUGUUGUCAUCACUGAUGGAGAGUCACAAGAUGAUGUCACCGCCCCAGCUGCUGAGCUGAGGCGCUCAGGAGUCACCGUAUAUGCCCUUGGGGUGAAGAAUGCCAGCGUGGAAGAGCUCAAACAAAUAGGAUCUUACCCUGACAGGGAGUUUGUGUUCAGUGUGGACAGUUUUCAGAUGCUUACAUCACUGGAGAAAAGCCUCAGAAAAAGUCUUUGUAAGGUUGUGGUCGAUAGAGGUUUUGACAAGAAUAAUAGAUUCAUCCUAAAACAAGGAUGUGUGAACACAGAGGAAGCCGAUAUUUAUUUCCUGUUGGACCACUCUGCCAGCACUCGCACCGACUUCGAAGACGUGAAGAAAUUUAUCCUAGGCUUCCUGCAAUUAUUCCACGUUGGACCCAAUCGAGUUCGUGUGGGAGUUGUGAAAGUCAACCGUGUUCCGACUCUACAGUUCAGCCUGACGGAGCACAAAAACAGAGUCUCUUUAGAAGCAGCUGUGAACAAAAUCAUUCAGCCCAGUGAAGGCACAGAGACAGGCAAAGCACUAACUUAUGUGGCCGAUCUCUUUAAUCAGGCCAGAGCAUCCCGUCCAGCUAAGGUGCAGGAGAUUCUCAUUGUCAUUACUGAUAAGGAAUCCCAAGAUGAGGUGAGAGAACCAGCGGAAGAGCUGAGGAUUCAAGGUGUUUCAGUCUAUGCCAUUGGAGUAAAGAAUGCCAACAAAAAAGAGAUCUUAAACAUGACGUCUGACGCAACCAAGCAGUUCUAUGUGAGCAACUAUGAUGGUCUGAAUGCCCUUAAGAGUGAAAUUAUCACAGAUAUUUGCUCACAGGAGGCCUGCAAGAGCAAAGUGGCAGAUAUCAUGUUUUUGAUUGACGGCUCUUCUAGCAUUUAUACCCUAGACUUUAAAUCAAUGUUGACGUUUAUUACUAAAGUUGUAAAUGGUACCAUCAUUGGAAAAGAUAGUGUGCAUAUUGGGGUGGUCCAGUUCAGCGAUGAUCCAAGGGAGCAGUUUCCACUGAAUAGGUACUACAGCAAAGGUGAAGUAGAGAAAGAGAUCAACGGCAUUACGCAGCUAACAGGAAAUACAUACACUGGGAAAGCGCUCUCAUUCAUUUCAAAGUACUUUGACAAAUCCAUGGGCGGUCGGCCUGAUGUUCCACAGUUCCUCGUAGUUAUCACAGAUGGGGAAGCUCAUGAUGCUGUCGCUGCACCCGCCAAGGCCAUCAGAGACAAGGGUGUGACCAUCUUCUCAAUAGGCGUGGGCAGUGUAAACACCACACAGCUGUGGGAGAUCAGUGGAACUCGAGAUAAAGUGUAUGUGGAGAGGGAUUUUGAUGCACUUCAGUCCAUUGACAGAAACCUCCAAUUCAAACUCUGCAGCGCUGAUACAGGUUGUCCGAGCACGCAGCUGGCUGAUGUGAUCUUCCUGGUGCAGUGCACCAGACGAGUUCGUCUACAAGAAUUUGAAAACAUUAAGAACUUUUUAAUUUCCGUGGUGAACAGCACACAGAUUGGGGACAAUCUGAUUCGCAUUGGCGUUAUUGUCUACUCAGGCACUCCGAAUCAAUUCACUUUAAACCAGUACAACAAUAAACGUCAGGUGAUUGAAGCCAUAAGUACCUUGAAGUCCCCAACUGGAAACCUCAACACAGCUAAGGCUCUUGGCUACUCGCUCAAUUACUUCAGUGAAGAGAAUGGUGGGCGCCAUAAACGGGGCAUCCCUCAAAUGCUAUUCAUAAUUACGGAUGGUGAUGCUAGAGACCGAGAUAACUUCCAUGCACGGGCUGAUGAUUUUAUGGCCAAACAUAUAAACGUGUAUGGAAUUGGAGUGUCUACAGUUCGAGAAAGCGACCUGGAGAUCAUUACCCAGAACAAAAACCAAAUCUUCCACGUUGAUAAUUACGCCGGUCUUCAAGCACUGCAGAAGAAUGUCUCUAGUGUGCUUUGCAAUGCAGCCAAACCAGAAUGCCAGAAAGAGGUAGCCGACGUGGUGUUUCUGGUUGAUGGAUCUGAAAGCAUCAAGGAGGAAUCAUGGAGAAUCAUGAUUGCUUUCUUGCUAAAUGUUGUGGACCAGCUCCGAAUUUCUCCAGAACUUUUCAGAAUUGGUAUAGCCCAGUUCAGCACCUCAUAUCAGAAGGAGUUCUACUUAAAUGAGUAUAAUGAUGCGGCGGGGGUGAAAGCAGCAAUUGAACGAAUCACUCAAGUUAAAGAAGGGACAAACAUUGGAAAAGCUCUGAGCAGCGUCACAGAAUUCUUCCAGGAGAGCAAAGGAAGUCGCAGACAGAGCGGCGUACCACAAAAUCUUGUACUUAUCACUGACGGCGCUUCAUCAGACCGUGUGAACGAAGCAGCUGAUGAACUCCAACGCCAGCAAAUUCCAGUCUAUGUGAUUGGAAUCGGAGAUGUCUCGUUGCCACAGCUCAACUAUAUUGCCAGGUCACGAGAUAGGUUAUUCGAAGUGCAAAACUUCAACUACCUUAAUCUGACAAUUUCAACAUUUGUUUAUGCCCUUUGUACUCCUCAGCAAUUAGUAGAUCCAAGUUGUUCUAUUGACAUUGGCAUCGGAUUUGAUAACUCACGCACCAGUUCAAGUUUUCGGUCAAUCUUUAGAGACCAGAGAAAGCUGCAGUCCUACCUACCUGAGAUCAUCCGCUACAUUUCAGUUGUGCACGACCUAUGCUGUAUACGCAGCCCAACCCUCACUACCAAUGUAGGCUUCCGAUUGGUUGAAGAAAAUGGAAGGAUGCUGGAUGAUUUCUCCUUCGAAGAGUACAAUGAAGGUGUGGUAAAAAAAGUGAUGGCACUUCAGACGUCACAAUCUCUGAAAUUCAACACCCAGCUUCUACGUUCUUUUGAGCAGAAGUUCAAAGCUUCAAAUUCUCAUGUAAAGGUGCUGAUCAUCUUUACAGACGGGUUGGAUGAGCCUGUUGAGGACCUUCAGCUUGCCAUUAACAGCCUCAGGACAAGUGGUGUAAAAGCGCUGAUGACUGUGGCGCUAGAAGGAUUUAAAAACACUGCUGACCUGCAGAGGCUGGAGUUCGGUCGAGGGAUGCGCUACAGCCAGCUUCUCUCUAUCGGCAUGCAGAAUGUGGGCAGUGUCAUGCAGAAGGAGAUUGAUACAGUUGCUUCGAGGGAGUGCUGUAAUGUAAUGUGUAAAUGCACUGGUCAUGAGGGAGCACGUGGACAUUAUGGUUCUCCAGGGAUUAAGGGGACUUCUGGAGUGAAGGGAUAUUCUGGAUUCCCUGGAGAAGAAGGAGGACCUGGUGAGAGAGGGCUUCCUGGUUUGAAUGGAACUCGAGGACAUCAGGGAUGCAUUGGAAGAAGAGGCAUAAAGGGUGGCAGAGGCUACAGAGGCAACGAUGGAGAUGAUGGAGAUGAUGGUUUAAAUGGGGUAAAUGGUGAACAGGGUGUAACAGGAGCAGCGGGAAGCCCAGGAGAGCGAGGAGAUUCAGGCAGCCCAGGUCCAAGAGGUAUCAGCGGAAGCCCUGGAAACCCAGGACAGCGAGGGCUGAGAGGAGAUCCGGGAAAUUCAGGAAUAGACAACAACUCCCGUGGUCCUAAAGGUGACGCCGGUGGCCCAGGCAUACAGGGUGAACCAGGUCCAGAUGGUCUUCCAGGCCAAAAUGGUGAAAAUGGCAGACCAGGCUCUAAUGGCAGAAGAGGCUCAGCGGGGCAACUGGGUCCCAGAGGGCCUCCAGGAACACCAGGACUACCAGGACUCCCUGGGCCCACAGGUCCACUGGGUCCUGUCGGUCCACCUGGUCCAGUUGGGCAGAAAGGUUACAUUGGUCUACCUGGACCUCAGGGAUCUCCUGGCUCUCCAGGAAGGCCAGGAUCUAAAGGAAGCUCUGGGUCCAGGGGACAGAAGGGCCAGCCAGGUGAUCCUGGAGAUAAGGGAGCUCUCGGAUCUCUAGGCCCCAGAGGAUUGCCGGGAAAAGAUGGUGCAGAUGGAUAUGGAUUCCCAGGAACAAAAGGACAGAAGGGAGAUUCUGGUUUCCCAGGUUAUCCUGGACUUCAGGGCGAAUGGGGUGUUAAAGGAACAAAUGGAGGUGGUGGUCCUAAAGGCAACAGGGGAAGAGGGGGCAAUUCUGGUAGGGCAGGACCACCUGGAGAUCCUGGCAGCGAGGGCAUGCCUGGACACAGGGGUUCAAAAGGACCACGGGGAACCAGACAGAUGUCUGACUGUCAACUAAUCUCCUAUGUCCGAGAAAAUUGUGUGUGCUGCAGAGAUAACAUAAAAUGCCCUGCCUACCCUACUGAUCUUGUGAUUGGCUUGGACAUGUCUGAAGAUGUGACUCCUCAAGGCUUUGAACGCAUGCGUUCUGUAGUCCUCAGACUGCUGGACAAAAUUAACAUUGUAGAGAGCAGCUGCCCGACCGGGGCUCGGGUGGCUGUGGUCUCCUACAGCUCCUACACCAAAUACCUGAUCCGCUUCACUGACUAUCACCGCAAGACGCAGCUUAUUGAAGCGGUGAAUAACAUCGGCCUGGAGCGCACUGCAAAUCGCCGCAACAUAGGUGCUGCCAUGCGCUUCGUGGGCAGGAACGUCCUGAAGCGUGUGCGAAAGGGCGUCCUGAUGAGGAAAGUAGCGAUCUUCCUCACCGCCGGAGAAUCUCAGGAUUCGAUGUCCCUCACCACAGCCAUUCUAGAGUACAAAGCCCUGAACAUUAAACUUGGGGUCAUCUCACUAAGGAAUGUACCUAAUAUUAGAAGAGCUUUUGAGGCAGAUGAAACCCGGAGUUUCAUCUUGACUGUGCUGGGUAGAUUGCAAGAACAGAAUGCUACUCUCAGUAAGAUCCAGAGUUGUGUUAUUUGCUUUGAUCCCUGUAGACCAGCUAGAGAAUGUGAGGGCACCAACCUGGAAUCUGCUCCUCAGGAGUUGGACGUGGACUUGGCUGUUAUCGUGGACGGCUCCCGUAGCAUCCUGUCUGACGAGUACGAGGGUGUAAAGGAGGUGCUCGGCAGUGUGCUCGAUCAGAUCGUUGUGAGCAGUCAACCCAACGGGGCUGACAGACACGCCAGAGUUGCCGUCUACCAGCAGAGCUCCACGUACAGUGAAGCCCAGUCCAGUGUGAAAGUAAUAUUCGACUUCCAACAGUUCUCAGAUCGCAGUCUAAUGAAGAGAAGCAUCUAUCAAGAUCUAAAACAAACCGGAGGAUCUUCCCGACUGGCUUUUGCGAUGGAUUACGCCAUAACACAGGGCAUCCUCGCGGCUCCUAGGGGUCGCAAGAACAAGAUGGUGCUGGUCAUUAUUGGGGAGGAGACGGCAUCUCAAGACAGAGCGAAGCUGGACUUUAUCUCCAAGGUGGCGAAGUGCGAAGGUGUUGUUCUCUUCACCCUGACGGUGGGUAAUCACAUCAGCACUGCUCAGGUGGAGGAACUUGCCAGCUACCCCUUAGAACAGCACAUCAUUCACCUGGGCCACUUGAAAAAUGGAGAACAUGAAUACACACAGCGCUUCAUGAGGACGUUCUUCCACAUUCUGAGCAAAAAUGUGAACACCUACCCUCAUUCAUCAUUCCAGAGUCAGUGUAGAAAUUUCCAAACAGAUCCAGGCCAGCGUUUGGACUAUGAGGCUGCAGAGAGACCCAUAUAUAGUGUUCCUGUGCCGUCCGCUGCUUACCCAGACAUACUGGUGGAAGAGGAAAUCGAGGAAGAAGACCCUACAGAGGAAGAGACUUGGAACCAGCAGAACUCAGGAGUUAAGUCUCUGACUGACUACACAGACAAUCCAUGUCACCUGAACAGUGACCUUGGCACCAUCUGUGGUGAAUAUGUGCAACGCUGGUACUAUAAUGAAGCAGUCGGUGUAUGUUUACCCUUCUGGUAUGGCGGUUGUGACGGGAACAGUAACCGUUUUAAUUCAGAAAAGGAAUGCCUUCAGACCUGUCGCAAGCAAAAUCCUGAAAUAAUCCUGCAGACAAAAGGGGAAACGGUAUUAGUGGAUGAUGCGUGCCUCAUGAAACAGGAUGUGGGGCCCUGCAGUAAUUAUGUUUUAAGAUGGCACUAUGACAUCCAGCAGAAUGAAUGCAUUCACUUCUGGUUUGGAGGAUGUGAAGGAAACAAAAACAGGUUCGACACGGAGGAGGAAUGUAAAGCUCUUUGUGUAAAAUACAUUUAACUAGGAUGGCUUUCUAAAUGACACUUUUGAGCAAAGACUUUCUUCACCCUCACAUACUAAUCAUUUUCUCUUAGCUAGAAAAUUAUAUUUUUGCAGGUUUUGCUCCAAAAGGCAAAUAAUUAUCCACCAGCACCCCAACACAGAAGUUAAAUAAUGGUACUUUUAUGGUUAAAGCUAAGUUUGGAAGAUUUCCUGUUUCCGCCAAAGGAUAAAAAAUGCGACAAUUCUUAGUUAUAUCUUGUUAAAUGCUUGAAUCUGAUUGGCUGACGAACGUUCUAAGGUGUGCAUUAUUUUCAGGGAAACACACAGUGAAUGUAGUUCCAGGCAACUGUGGGCUGCAUUACGUCUAUAUCACUUCGACACAUGAUUUCAAUUCUUUAUUAGGUCCUUACAGCCUAAAACAGCAAAAUAACCAAAACCCACAACCACACUGGCCAAACAAAUAAAUACAGUAAACAACAGAAAAAAACCGACCGAUUAUUUCCACACACACAUACAGUUUGCACACACGUUAACAUACGCACUAACAGAGCUGAUCCUCCCUAUAUGCAAAAUAUGCAAGCUGCUUAGGGCCUCAUUGUUGUACCCAUAGAUAUGUAUAGGUAGAUUCCCCAUUCAACCACUCCAAGCACGUAGACGCAUCCUAUUUAAAUAAUAGGGAAUCUACCUAUAUGUAUCUUUAGCUGUACCUGCAUGAAUGCAGGAUCGAGGAUUGUUUUCAUUUUAAAACGCCGUUUUAAAAUGAAAACGCACUAGUGUAAACAGGGCUUUAGUUUAUGCCUUUUUUCCAUAACAAUUAUAAAAAAAAAAGUCUGAAUUUUGAUGCAAAAAGUCACAAUUAUCUUUUAUAUUUUGUUCUGUGGUGUAAAAAAAAAAACUAACAAAAACAAAGGUGAUAUAAACUCAGAAUAGAAUUGCUAUUUUAUAUUUUGUCUUUUGUAAGUCUAUUUUGUAAAAUAAAAAGAUGCAAUUACCUUUUUAAUUUUUUACACUUGGCAGAAACUUCUGUAAGUCACAUUGUAAGUGUGUAGAUUAAAAUGUCAAUGCAUUUUUCAGUGAAGAUGUUCUGACAGCACUAGUAAUGUGCAAUCACAUUUUUUAUACUGUUUUGAUAAAAUAGUUUUUAAUAGUUACACAUUUGAUAAAAUCUAUGAAUUUUUGAUUCUUCAAAAAAUUGUGAAAAACAGCUCGCAACAUUUUACUUCUGUAAUCUUGUGUAGAUUUGAGCAAAACCAGGUUUUCCAUAAUAAAAAAAGUACAGUUGGACUUGA